CCGGUUGCUGAACCAAUCCCCAUCUGUAGUUUCUGUCUUGGUACAAAAGAACAAAACCGAGAAAAGAAGCCAGAAGAACUCAUCUCCUGUGCCGACUGUGGCAACAGUGGUCAUCCAUCCUGUUUGAAGUUUUCCCCUGAAUUAACGGUUAGAGUGAAGGCCUUACGGUGGCAGUGCAUCGAGUGUAAAACAUGCAGCUCCUGUCGAGAUCAAGGCAAAAAUGCAGAUAACAUGCUCUUUUGUGAUUCAUGUGACCGAGGUUUUCACAUGGAGUGUUGUGAUCCUCCACUCACCCGGAUGCCAAAAGGCAUGUGGAUAUGUCAAAUAUGUCGACCUAGGAAAAAAGGACGAAAACUUCUACAAAAGAAGGCAGCACAGAUAAAACGGCGCUAUGCUAAUCCAAUAGGACGUCCAAAAAACAGGUUAAAGAAACAAAACACGGUAUCAAAAGAUUCCUUCAGCAAAGUUCGAACUGGCCCUGGAAGGGGUCGGAAACGUAAAAUCACUCUUUCCAGCCAGUCAGCAUCAUCAUCAGAAGAAGGCUGUUUAGAGAGAAUAGAUGGCUUGGACUUCUGCAGAGAUAGCAGCGUCCCCUUGAAGUUCAACAAGAAAACCAAAGGGCUCAUUGAUGGCCUUACCAAAUUCUUCACCCCUUCCCCUGAUGGGCGGAAAGCUCGAGGAGAAGUGGUAGACUACUCUGAGCAAUACAGAAUCAGGAAAAAGGGCAACAGAAAAUCAAGCACUUCAGAUUGGCCUACAGACAAUCAGGAUAGCUGGGAUGGCAAGCAAGAAAGCGAGGAGCGGCUUUUUGGGAACCAGGAAGUCAUGACUGAGAAAGAUAUGGAAUUAUUUCGUGAUAUCCAAGAACAAGCACUGCAGAAAGUUGGAGUGACUGGUCCCCCUGAUCCACAAGUUCGCUGUCCCUCUGUCAUUGAGUUUGGGAAGUAUGAAAUUCACACCUGGUACUCUUCCCCAUAUCCUCAAGAAUAUUCAAGACUUCCUAAAUUGUAUCUUUGUGAAUUCUGUCUAAAAUAUAUGAAAAGUAGAACUAUUCUACAGCAGCACAUGAAGAAAUGUGGUUGGUUCCACCCACCUGCCAAUGAGAUUUACCGAAAGAAUAAUAUUUCUGUCUUUGAGGUUGAUGGGAAUGUGAGUACCAUUUAUUGUCAAAACCUGUGUCUCUUGGCAAAGUUGUUUCUUGACCACAAAACACUCUAUUAUGACGUGGAGCCAUUUCUUUUUUAUGUACUAACACAGAAUGAUGUCAAGGGCUGCCACCUUGUUGGCUACUUUUCUAAAGAAAAGCAUUGCCAACAGAAGUACAAUGUUUCCUGUAUAAUGAUUCUUCCCCAAUAUCAGCGUAAGGGCUAUGGCAGGUUUCUCAUCGAUUUCAGUUAUUUGUUAUCAAAGCGUGAAGGCCAAGCAGGGUCUCCAGAGAAACCAUUAUCCGAUCUAGGUCGUCUUUCCUACAUGGCUUAUUGGAAAAGCGUAAUAUUGGAGUGCCUUUAUCACCAAAAUGACAAACAAAUCAGCAUUAAGAAGUUAAGCAAGUUAACUGGAAUCUGCCCUCAAGACAUUACUUCCACACUCCAUCACCUACGAAUGCUGGACUUCCGUAGUGACCAAUUUGUGAUCAUCCGCCGGGAAAAACUUAUUCAGGAUCACAUGGCAAAGCUUCAGCUGAAUUUGCGGCCUGUAGAUGUAGAUCCAGAAUGUUUACGCUGGACUCCUGUCAUAGUGUCCAACUCUGUUGUCUCAGAGGAGGAAGAAGAGGAAGCCGAGGAAGGAGAAAACGAAGAGCCUCGGGGCCAGGAAAGAGAAUUAGAGACCAGUGUGGGAAAGUCUGUGUCUCGGGAGAACAAAGAGCAAGAUUCUUACUCUUCAGUAGAAAGUGAAAAGAAACCAGAAGUUAUGGCUUCAGCCAGUUCUACACGUUUGAACAAACAGGUCCUUCCCAGUGAUAGUCUUCUUGCAAAUAGUCAGCCAUCUCGGAAGGGCCGUUGGGGGAGGAAAAACAGAAAAACCCAGGAACAUUUUGGUGAUAAAGAUUCUAAACUGCUCUUGGAAGAGACAUCAGCUCCUCAGGAACAAUCCAGAGAAUGUGAGGAAAAAUCGGAAACCUCCCAAGAACAGUACACUGAAAGUGGAGAACAGCUGGCAGCCUCUCAGGAGCAGCCACACCAGGAUGGAAAGGCAGACAUCCCCAAAAGAAGACUGAGUGAUGGCGUUGAGCUGUGGCAUGGACAGCUGAGGAGGAGCCCCGAGGCACUGCAGUGCCGGUUCCCAGAAGGCAGUGGUAGACUGUCCCGGCGCUAUAGUGAUGGUGACAGGGCUCUGCUCAGGGGCUUCAGUGAGAGCAGCGAGGAGGAGGAGGAGCUGGAGAGCCCUCGCUCAAACUCACCUCCAGUCCUUACGAAACCCACACUGAAGCGAAAGAAACCAAUUCUUCACCGAAGAAGGAGAGUGCGAAAGCGCAAACACCACAAUAGCAGUGUAGUCACAGAAACUAUUUCUGAGACUACAGAGGUGUUAGAUGAACCCUUUGAAGACUCUGACUCUGAGAGGCCAAUGCCAAGAUUAGAACCCACAUUUGAGAUUGAUGAAGAGGAAGAAGAAGAGGAUGAAAGUGAACUCUUCCCUAGAGGAUACUUCCACCGUUUGUCCUCACAGGACGUUCUCAGGUGUCGGUCCUCUACUAAGAGGAUGUCUAAAGAUGCAGAAGAUGACGAAGAGUCAGAUGAUGCUGAUGACACUCCUAUUCUAAAGCCAGUAUCUCUCUUGAGAAAAUGUGACGUGAAGAAUUCUCCACUUGAUCCAGAUACAUCCACACCUAUGAAAAAGAAAAAGGGAUGGCCAAAAGGGAAGAGCCGCAAACCAAUCCACUGGAAGAAAAGACCUGGAAGAAAACCAGGAUUUAAGUUGAAUCAGGAAAUCAUACCCAUUUCCACUGAAGAAUGCAUUGUUGAGCCCACUGAUCCUAUUCCUAAAUCUGGACGUAAACUCAAAAUUCAAGAGGAUGAAGAAACCAUUGAACCAAAAGACUUGCCCUUAUCUGAAGAAAGGAAGGAAGAGGAGGUGCACGUGGAAGCAGAAGAGGUUGAAGAGCUGGAAGAAGAAGACACAGCCAGCAGUGAAGUUAGAGCAGCUUCUCCAGGGGACAGCAGCAAUAGUCCUGAGGCUGAAACUAAAGAGCCCGAGGCAGAGGAGGAAGAAGAGAAACCCAGCAUCUUAGAAGAGCAGAGGCAGUCGGAGGAAGAGCAGCACGAACUAGACGAACAGCAGCGAGAAGAAGAGGUGACUGCUGUGCAGACAAACCAGAAUGAAGACCGUGAUGCUGACGAUGAGGAUGAUAGCCAUCUGGAAUCCACCACAAAGAAAGAGCUAGAGGAGCAGGCUGCUAGAGAAGAUGUCAAGGAGGAGCCUGGUGGUCAGGAGUCUUUUUUAGAUACUGAUAUGCAGAACAGCAGGGAGAAUAUAAGGGAUAAAGAUGAGACAGAACCAGAUUCUGAAGAGGAACAGCCUUCCCAUGAAACAUCCGUGGUGUCAGAGCAUAUGCCAGGGUCUGAGGAUGAUCAUGAAGAAGAUUCAAACACUAAAGAAGAAUUAAUUGAAUUAAAGGAGGAAGAAGAGAUUCCUCAUAGUGAGCUUGAUUUGGAAACCGUACAAGCAGUGCAGUCUUUGACACAAGAAGAAAGCAGUGAGCACGAGGGAGCCUACCAGGACUGUGAAGAAACACUGGCUGCUUGUCAGACCCUGCAGAGUUACACCCAGGCUGAUGAAGACCCUCAGAUGGCAAUGGUUGAAGACUGUCAUGCUUCAGAACACAACAGCCCAAUAUCCUCUGUUCAGUCUCAUCCCAGCCAGUCGGUCCGCUCAGUCAGUAGUCCCACCGUGCCUGCCCUGGACAGUGGCUACACCCAGAUCAGCCCAGAGCAAGGAUCCCUGUCCGCACCCUCUAUGCAGAACAUGGAGACCAGCCCCAUGAUGGAUGUGCCUUCCGUAUCAGACCACUCUCAGCAGGUGGUGGAUAGUGGCUUCAGUGACCUGGGCAGCAUUGAGAGCACGACAGAGAACUAUGAAAACCCCAGCAGCUAUGACUCCACCAUGGGUGGCAGCAUUUGUGGGAAUAACUCCUCUCAGAGCAGCUGCUCCUAUGGUGGGUUGUCGUCCUCCAGUAGCCUCACCCAGAACAGCUGUGUUGUCACCCAGCAAAUGGCAAACAUGGGCAGCAGCUGCAGCAUGAUGCAGCAGAACAACGUCCAGCCUGCUGCCAACUGCAGCAUCAAGUCACCUCAGAGUUGUGUGGUGGAGAGGCCUCCCAGUAACCAGCAGCAGCCACCACCGCCGCCACCACCACCACAGCAGCAGCAGCAGCAGCAGCAGCAGCCAGCACCACAGCCUCCACCGCCUCAGCAGCAACAGCCACCACAGCCACAGCCACCACCGCCUCAGCCCCAGCAGCCUCCAGCCCCGCCCCCACCCCAGCAGCAGCCGCCUCUGUCACAGUGUAGUAUGAAUAACAGCUUUACUGCAGCUCCUAUGAUCAUGGAAAUACCGGAAUCUGGAGGCACCGGGAACAUCAGUAUCUAUGAGAGGAUUCCGGGGGAUUUUGGUGCCGGCAGCUACUCUCAACCAUCAGCCACCUUCAGUUUAGCCAAGUUGCAGCAGCUGACUAACACCAUUAUGGACCCUCAUGCCAUGCCUUAUAGCCAUUCUCCUGCUGUGACUUCCUAUGCAACCAGUGUUUCUUUGUCUAAUACGGGACUGGCUCAGUUGGCUCCAUCGCAUCCAUUAGCUGGGACCCCUCAAGCACAAGCCACCAUGACACCGCCCCCAAACCUGGCAUCCACGACGAUGAACCUCACAUCGCCUCUGCUGCAGUGCAACAUGUCUGCCACCAACAUUGGUAUUCCUCACACGCAGAGGUUGCAAGGGCAAAUGCCAGUCAAGGGGCACAUUUCUAUCCGCUCCAAAUCUGCACCCCUGCCCUCUGCAGCUGCUCACCAGCAACAGCUGUAUGGCCGCAGCCCACCAGCAGUUGCCAUGCAGGCUGGUCCUCGUGCAUUGGCUGUUCAGCGUGGCAUGAACAUGGGGGUUAAUUUAAUGCCAACCCCUGCCUAUAAUGUCAAUUCCAUGAAUAUGAACACCUUGAAUGCCAUGAACAGCUAUCGAAUGACACAGCCCAUGAUGAACAGCAGUUACCAUAGUAACCCUGCCUACAUGAACCAGACAGCACAGUAUCCUAUGCAGAUGCAGAUGGGGAUGAUGGGGAGCCAGGCCUAUACCCAGCAGCCUAUGCAGCCAAGCCCUCACGGAAACAUGAUGUACACUGGCCCCUCCCAUCACAGCUAUAUGAAUGCUGCUGGCGUGCCCAAGCAGUCACUCAAUGGGCCUUACAUGAGGAGAUGAGCAAGGUGGACUCACAGUGAGAAACUUAAAUAUAUAUAAAUAAAGGAACCUUUUAUACUGACAAACCAGAGAAAAAUGGACCUUUUUUCCAGUUAAAAUAUUACUGUAGAUUUAGAGGAAUUUUUCUUUGGUUUAUUUUAUUUUUUAGAAAACCCUGAUCUUCUCUUUUUUGGGGUUCAUUUUGUUCUGGGUUUUGGUUUUCACAAUAUUGAACAUUUUACAGUAGAACUCAUCUAAAAGUGGGUUUGGGGAUAGGGGAAACAUGCACAAAAUCUUUUCAUAAUUAAAAAGAGCCUUACUUUCUUUACAUACCACAUGGACAGAAUUUGUGUAAAAGCAAAGUAUCUUUAUUUUAUUUUAAAAUGUUUGUUUCCCCUCACUGUUUGCAGCUCCCAAUGUUGUCAUUUUUAAAUGUUAUAUAUACAUCUCGAGGGUUAACCAGACCCUUUCCUCCAAACCCAACCUUUCAUUUCCUACUUCAUUCCAGCAGGAGGCACUUAUGGGAGACUCAGAUGGGGACAUGGAGAACAACCCAAGCUCCUUAAACUUAUUAUUAUUAAUAUUAUUAUUAUUAUUAUUAUUAAUAAAGUGAGGCAAGAAAAUGCUUCUCCUUUUAAAAUCCCUUCCACUCCCUACACACACACAGAAACACACACACACAACACACGUGUACACAUCCCUCUUGAAACCUUUCCCCAAGAAUGUUUCUUUAUAAAUGGACUUCAUUGAAAUCUGUUUUUUGUGAAUCAAGUGUAAUAUAAUAAUUUUCCUUUCUUUUUUGUAAUAUUCCCACUCAGCACUCAGAGACACAAAAAUACUGUAAGUCUCAAUAACAGCAGGAUCUCAGAGGAAAGCGGUUUGCAAUCCUAAUCCAGCUGUUGGAGGAAUAGAGACCGUCAAUUAACAAUCGAAAAGAGUAAAUUAAGCUCUUGUUUUUUUACCGCCUGGUGAAUCAGCCAUAACGCACAUAUUCCACCCAGCCUCUUGUUUUUAGUAUGUACUUUGAAAUGCUAACUAAGGGUCUUGAUUCUUGAGCCUUUGACUCUGACAAAACUCAAAUAGCAGGCCGGCCCGUGGCUCACUCGGUAGAGUGCGGUGCUGAUAACACCAAGGCCACGGGUUCGGAUCCUAUAU